CGAAACAAAGGAUCCGUAAAGGUUUCGAAGCUUCAUGAAGGAGUGUUUCGAAAAAGUGUCCAUCACUACUGUAGAUUUGCAUUAGUCUUAAAAUGGUGCGUUCGUGCAUCUAUCCAGGAUGCUUCAGAAAACAUAAAGUCUUAAGAUUACGAGAGCCGUCUUCAACGGGAGAUGGAAGAUUAACAUUUCACCAGUUCCCUGUAAAUGAUCCUGAGCGACUGAAGCUGUGGCUGCUCGCGGUUCGCUGGGAUGUAAAAACACCCAUGGAGAAAAUCGAGAGAUCCAGGCUGUGCAGUGAACAUUUCUCCUCCGAAGAUUACGAGACGGAGAAGGGGAAGCCAAGACGACUUCUGAAACCCUCAGCUGUGCCUGUGCUGUUUCAGCCAAACCAGGCGUGGAAUAUGGUAAAAGGGUCAUUUGGAUUCAAACAAUCAGGAAAUACUCCUGUUGAAACAUCAACUUCUUCAGGGAACAAUACUGAAGAGAUGGAGUUUAUUAGAGAAGAGAAUGAAGAUAUGAGUGAUCCACAAUCAUGCAAAAUAAAAAAUGAAGAUACUGAGGAACAAAGAGAGGUGAUAGAAGUGAAAGUGGAAGGUCAAGAACUGAAUGAUGUUGAGGAGAAACAUCAGUAUCAUAGACCUCACAGUUUCAAACCUGGACUGAUGGGAAAGUAUUUGUCACAAACAAGAAAACCCAAAAAUUAUUUUACCUGCCCUCAAUGUGGAAAGAGUUUCACACAAAAAAGUCACCUUAUAGCUCACAUAAGAAUUCACACUGGAGAGAAGCCGUUUACCUGCCAGCAUUGUGGAAAGAGUUUCACACAAAAAGGAAACCUUAAGGAUCACGAGCGAAUUCACACUGGAGAGAAGCCUUUCACAUGCCAUCAGUGUGGAAUGAGUUUCACACAUAAAAGAAGCCUUAAUGACCACAUAGGAAUUCACACUGGAGAGAGUCCCUUCAUAUGCUCUCAGUGUGGAAAUACUUUCACACAUAAAGGUGACCUUAAGCGACACAGAAGAAUUCAUACUGGAGAGAGGCCUUUCAGUUGUCACCAGUGUCGAAAGAGUUUCACUCGUAAAGAACAUCUUAAAACACACACAAGGAUUCACACCAAAGAGAAUCCUUACGUAUGUUCUCAGUGUGGAAAGAGUUACAGACAUCUAAGUAACGUUAGAAGACAUAUGACAAUUCAUUCAGAAAUUACAUUACACUAAUCACAGUGUACUAUAAUAACAGACUGUAUUAAAACUUUUAUUAGCAUUUAUUAUUGUUCUGCCAUUUGACAAAAUAUAUAAAAAUAUAUAUUUUGAAAAAUUCUUUUGUCACCUGGUAUUUUUAUAUGUGGUCUAUUCUAAAGCAUUUCAAUUGAAACGGUUUGAUGUACUGGUACAGUUUGUAUAUUGUGUAUUAUACCACUGUGCUGUUGAGUGCUUGAUUCUGAUUGGUUGACAAACGUUCUAAGGUGUGCAAUUAUUUUCAGGAAAACGCACGGCUUAAAUGGUUUUAGCUGGUCUCGACCGCAUAACAGUUCCAUAUCACUUUGCCAAAUGAUUUCAGUUAUUUCAAAGGUCUUUACAGCAAACAGAACCUAAACCCACAAUGAUGCUAACCGAGCAAAUAAAUAAACUCUGGGCCGUUGAAUUAUUAGACAAAUAAUGCGCUUGGUUUCGUAUUACCACCUCGUAGGGGUUUCAUCAACUAGUAGUCGACUAGUCGACUGUCACAACCACUAGUUGGCGCUGUUGGCCUUAGUCGACU